UCUCCUACCCAGAAAUCAUUGGCAUCCCUGCCUUUUCCCUUCCUCUUCCCCAGAAGAUACAGAGGAGCUUUUCCUGAUCUAAGUUUAGGUCUAGGAUAAAUCUUAGGGUGACAGGGAUGUGGGGCAGGAAAAGCAGGACCCACAAAAGUAAAAGACCUGUUUGUCAGCAUGGGGCAAAGGUAAGGAGGGCAAAGUCUGGGCCAGGAAGAGGUGGAUAAAUAUUUGUGAAUGUUCUUCACUGAUUUCAGAAGGCAUUAACUUUUUCAGCUGGGGUAGAGAAAAAGUGAGAUCUGGAAAAUAUCCAUUCAGAUUAGGGAAGUACCAAGACAAAGGACGUGUUUUGGACCAUCUCGCCCUCUGGCUUCUUUCUUUCUGGAACAGGGCUGUUCUGCUGUCCCACCAUGAUGCAGACUGUGCUGCUCCUUUGCUGUGUCCUGCUGUCCCUAGUGGCUGCCUUUCCAAUAAAUACCCAGAAUGGGGCCCUGAACUUCCAGCCAUCUUUCACAGAGACUGGGCAUCCAUCAAACAUGCUCUCCGGCCAGAUCCCUAUCCCAGAUCCCAGGACCUGCCAGGAUCUCUUGCACACAGCCCCCUCCUUAGCCCCUCUGCCUGAGUACCUGACCAGCUUAGCUCUGAGGGUGGCCCUGGAGGAGGUCGGCUGCCCAACUGAGGCGCAUAUUCUGCAGCUUCAGCUCAUUAGGAUGGGAGGGAAGGACACCACUGAAACCCUCAUCCGUGAGAGUCAAAAGCUCAAUGGGAAGGAAGGGGUUGGCAAUACCAACACCAUCCUGAGGGAUCUGGGGGAAUCCCCAGGGGAGCUUAGGCGGGUCCAGCGCGCAGUUACCCUUCCUGAAGCAUGUACCUCUGAGCAUGGGCAGGUGCUCUACGAGACAGCAGCACUGAUAGUUGAAUUUGCUGAGAAGCUCCCUUCCUCUGAGCUGAUAACAGAGUUCAAGACUUCUGCCAUCAAUGUCACCCAGAAGUGCACAGUUGAGUCUUGGGAGCAUUUGGAAGAAGUACGCAAACGACUGAUGAAAAGCCCCGAAAUUGAGAACCUCACAAUGCCUCUAGAAGAUCAAAUAUACUUUCUUGUGCAUAUUGUAACCAUUCUGAAACGCAUUAUACUGAAUUUGAUAAAGAAUUCUUUCCAGGCUUAUUUUGGAUAGCAAGGACUCUUAGACACAUUCCCUUUCUCAAAAGUCUCUGAUAGGCCUGUGUACAGGGACUUGGCACAGUAGGUAGUUAGAAAUGUCGAGAAUAGCUUGGGAGAGAUGUAUGUUCCUCAUUUGAUCCCAGUGCUAAGAGACAUGUAAUGAGAAUCAGCCUUACCCCUCUCAGUAUGUCCGAGCCCGUUUCUUCUCCCAAUUUCUCUCUCUUUCAGUUGUCAAAUACUGUGGAUUUAUUAUGUACUAGGCAUGAAAGGUAAUCUUCCCCAUUCAUUUUCCUUAUACUUUCUAAUUCCCUAACUGAAUGCUGUAGCUUGCUUAUGUUAAUUUUUAACUGAAAAGAAAAAUAAAAAACUGCUUCUGUAUCA